UUCCUGUACAGUGGGACAUCCCGCGGCUCAGUCGAGCUGGUCCGCAUCAGUCAUCCUGUCCUACUUUAUACUUUUACUUCCAUUUUUACGGGAUCACUGCAAACUGAUGAGCUUUACCGCAGCGGUGCAUUUGUAAUAAUGUAACGAGCACAUCCACUGGUCUGUCGCGGUUGCUUGUGUUAUUAUGGAGUGCGGAAUCAGCGGCGAUCAGAUGUGCUGCUGAUUCAGAUCAUCCACCCACAAACAGCGAGAUCUCCAUCAACUCUCACACACCACAGAGACUCAAAACAUGGGCAAACACUUCGUCCGCUGUUGGCUUUGGGCUCUGGUGGCUCUUUUCACCACCAAACGAGCGCUUGCUUUUAAUCUGGACAUCAGCAAACCCACAGUUUUCUCUGGACCUCCGGGAAGUUACUUUGGAUUUUCGGUGGCUUUCUUCAACCCUGAUAACAGCCAAUUAAAUAUACUGGUUGGUGCACCAAGGGCAAACACGUCAGAUCAAACCCCCUCUGUAGUCACAGAGAGGGGGGCCGUCUUCAGCUGUCCCUGGCAAAAAAGCGGCACAUGCACACAGAUUCAGUUUGACAGCACCGAUGACAGAAAGAAUGCCAAUGGACUGCAAAUGGAGUUUAAGUCAAAUCAAUGGUUCGGGGCCACUGUGCGUUCCUCUGGGGACCAAAUUCUGGCGUGUGCUCCUCUCUACCAGUGGAGCACAUAUGGAUUUUCAGAAAGAGAGCCUGUCGGGACAUGUUACCUGAAGAAAGGCAAUAACAUUGUGGAAUAUUCACCCUGCCGCUCUAAGUCAAACUCACCUGAGGGACAAGGAUUUUGUCAAGCAGGCUUCAGUGCUGACUUUGUAAAGAAGAAUCGGGUUGUGAUUGGAGGACCAGGAAGCUUUUAUUGGCAAGGUCAGCUGAUCUCCGAUGACAUCACUGAGGUCAUCAACAGAUACAAUAAGGACUUUUUCACGCCUUAUGGUAACCAGUUAUCAACCAAGCCAGCCGGGGCUCAAUAUGAUGACAGUUAUUUAGGUUACUCUGUGGCUGUUGGUGAUUUUAAUGAGGAUGGAGAAGAUGAUUAUGUCACUGGAGUUCCUAGAGGGGAGAAGGCUCUCGGAUAUGUCAACAUUUUUAACGGGAGGAACAUGGAGUCAAUGUAUAACUUCACAGGCACACAGAUGGCUGCUUAUUUUGGUCAUUCUGUGGCUGCUGUUGACGUUAAUAAUGAUGGGAAAAUGGAUUUGUUUGUGGGGGCUCCUCUAUUCAUGGACCGGGGCUCAGAUGGCAAACUGAGGGAAGUGGGUCAGGUCUAUGUCUACCUAGGCAAAGGUGGCUUCACCUUCAACAGUGUCAUCAAACUCACUGGCUCUGAGAUCUAUGCUCGAUACGGAAGCUCAGUCUGCAGCGUGGGAGACCUCAACAUGGACGGAUAUAAUGAUGUGGCCAUUGCUGCUCCAUAUGGUGGGCCGUUCCAUCGCGGCCUGGUGUACAUCCAUAAUGGGCAUCCCACAGGACCCAAUCCUGUGGCCUCUCAAGUUCUGGAAGGAACAUGGGCGUCUGUGUCCAUGCCAUCCAGCUUUGGUUAUUCCAUGAAUGGAGGCACCGAUGUGGAUCAGAAUGGAUACCCUGACCUGAUUGUUGGGGUUUUUGGAGCUGACAAAGCCAUUUUGUACAGGGCCCGUCCUGUCAUCAGUGUAAACACCACACUGGAUAUCAGCCCACAGAUCCUGAACCCUGAAGACAAAAGCUGCACCCUACCUAGUACAACUACUAAAGUUUCCUGUUUCACUGUGAAGUACUGUCUCAAGGCUAGUGGCAAGGGAGCGCCAUCUUCCCUUCUUUUCCAAGUGGAUUUGACCCUGGACCGCCUCAAGCACAAAGGAGCCAUCAAACGGGUGCUGUUCCUCUACAACAAGAUGUCUCAUUAUUCAAAGAACAUGACCGUCAACAACAACCAGGGGCCGGCCUGCGAGGAGCUUCAGGCUUAUUUAAUAGAUGACUCAGAAUUCAGGGAUAAGAUCACACCCAUCUCUGUUUUUAUGGAGUACAGUUUGGAUUACAAAUCAGCUGCAGAUAAAACCGGCCUCUUGCCCAUCCUUGACCAGUCUGCUCCGACAAACAUCACCAAGCAGGCGCAUAUACUCCUGGAUUGUGGCGAGGACAAUAUCUGCAAGCCAGACUUAAAACUGUCUGUUGUGAGUGAUCAGAACGAGAUCUACAUAGGUGACGACAACCCACUGACCCUGGAGGUCACAGCAGAAAAUGGAGGAGAAGGGGCGUACGAGGCUGACCUGAUCGUUACCCUUCCGUCCCAGGCUGAUUUUACUGCGGUCGUGCGUAACAGUGAGACGUUGUCCAGACUGUCCUGUGCUUUCAAGAAAGACAAUCAGACCAGAGUGGUUGUGUGUGAUCUUGGUAACCCGAUGAAAGGAGGAACUAAGAUAGUAGCAGGAUUGCGCUUCAGCGUGCACCAGCUCUCCGAACAGGACACAGAAGUCAAGUUUGGAUUGCAGAUUCAGAGCUCAAAUCAGUUCAACAAUACCAGCAACCUGGUGUCUGUUGUCACAAAGCUCGCUGUGCUGGCCAAAGUGGAAUUAAGAGGGGUUUCUGCACCAGAGCAGGUGUUUUUACCUAUUGCUAACUGGCAGCCGAAAGAGAAUCCUGUUCUGGAGGAUGACAUUGGCCCUCUUGUACAGCACAUCUAUGAGCUAAGAAACAAAGGACCCAGUACGUUCAGCAAGGCCAUUUUGGAUGUGCAGUGGCCCUACAGAUUCAACAACGGCUCCCUGCUCUACAUCACCAAGUUUUUAGUGGACGGAAACAUGAACUGCAGCUCAAACAGGGAGCUCAACCCUCUGAAUGUCACAAGUCCCAGAUUUCUUGACCAGAACGACACCUCUGCGAGUGGAGCAGAGGGAAGAAACAGACACAAUGUUCAUCGCAGAGACCUGGAGGAAAAACAUGGGGAAGAAAACCUGGAGAUUCUGAAUUGUGGCAAUGCAGAGUGUCAGGAGAUCAAGUGUUGGGUUGGCCGUCUGGAGAAAGGCCAGAGUGCAAUUCUAUUUAUUUAUUCCAGACUCGCCGUGAACACCUUUCUCAAGGCUGAAAGUCAAAACAAGUCGUACAUUGUUCGAUCCUCAGCCUCCUUUAGUGUGAUAGAGAUGCCGUAUAAAAAUCUGAAUCCUGAGCUCCCAACCAGCACUCAGUCGGCGUCUCUGAAGGUGAUCUGGAAUUCGGAGAACCCUCAGCCUGUCCCGGGAUGGGUUGUGGCUCUGGCUGUUUUGGCUGGACUGCUGCUUCUGGCCCUGCUCAUAUUUGUCAUGUAUAAGCUGGGCUUCUUCAAUCGCGUUCGGCCUCCACAGGAGGACAGCACAGAGAAAGAGCAGCUUCAGCCGCAGGAGAAGGGAGACAGAAACACUGAAGCCUGAGCUCUGCAUCUUCACCAGUGCCAACACACCAAUGCCACAUCCACUGUAGGGUGCGCCAUGCUGACCGCUACAACACACUUCGACACCUUUAUCAGCAGGUCAGCAGAUAAACACACAGACGAUGAUGUCCUGAUGACACACACUACUGCUGCUGUGGACGUUUCAAGUGGAUUGAAUUAAGACUGUGCCAAUUCCUUCCCCCCGUGCUCCUUUCCUUCUUUAACUGCACUGAGUCUUAAAACCAGAUUUCUUUUUCAGUUGGGCGUAGAGAUUAACAUCUUUAACAGUGUAACACGUAGAAAUAGUUUACUUUAAUUAAGGUAAAAUAAUCAAAAAGUACUUUUAUUAGUUCUUUUUAUUUUGAGGAAAGAGGUGAGUUUUGUACAUUUUCAAAUGCUGGUUCUGCUUAAGUUUGGGUUUUUUCUUUUGGAGUUUUCCUUUCUUUUCCUUUGCAGAAUUUUUUCAGCUUCUGGAUUUGGAAUUAUUAUUUGGGUGUAAGAUGUAUUAUUUUUAAGAAAAUAUUCUUCUGUUUGUCUACUGUAAACAUUAUUUUAGAGCAGGGUUAUGUAUGUGCAUAUUGAUGAUAAGUAUUUGGUUGAAUCUGCAUUAUAAAAAGAGAAAGUAAUCAACAUCUUUGCACAACAGAGCAAUAAAUAGUAGGAUUUGUAAACUUUACAA